AUGGAUGUGCAACUCUAUGUCUAUGACCUCUCAAGAGGCUUGGCUCGUCAAAUGUCUAUGGGUAUUCUGGGCUUCCAACUCGAUGCCAUAUACCACACUUCAAUAGAACUCAACGGCAAGGAAUACGUUUACGAUGGUGGCAUUAUCGCGAUUAGACCAGGCUCGUCACACCUUGGUCAGCCACUCCAAAAGAUUCCUCUUGGUACGACGCAUCUCCCUAUGGAUGUCAUUGAGGAGUUCCUCGAUUCUCUACGACCCAUCUUUACAUUAGAGGCGUAUGACUUGUUUCAUCAUAACUGCAAUAAUUUCUCGGACUCCUUUGCAAACUUCCUACUAGGAAAAGGCAUCCCUGAACACAUCGUCAAGAUGCCACAAGCUGUUCUUGACUCUCCCAUGGGUCGGGCUUUAUUGCCACAGCUUACUCAAGGAAUCAAUGCCGGAAGACAGAAUGGCUCUAUUCUCGGGUUACAGCAGAGCUCUCAGACGCCAGCUCCAGCUCCAAAGGGUGGCGUCAAGAACAUUACCAACGCGUCUGAGUUUGAUCGUUUGAUGACCGAGGCAAAGAACUCAUGCGCCGUUGUUUUCUUCACAUCAGCGACAUGCCCUCCUUGUAAGACGCUCUACCCGAUUUAUGACCAACUCGCAGAAGAAGUUGGUGAUAAGGCGACUCUCAUGAAAGUCGACAUUUCACAGCCACAACAAAAUGAGAUCGGAAGUCGGUAUUCAAUCAGUGCGACUCCCACCAUCGUGACUUUCCUUCAUGGUGAAGAGGAAAAUCGAUGGUCAGGGGCUGAUCCAGCUGCCCUUCGAGGCAAUGUACAGCUUCUUGUCCAGAUGGCCCACCCUGUCCAUCCUCAUGAACGACUUCGCCUUCCUACAUUUGCGAACCCGAACGUAAAGCCAGUCCUUUAUACAAAGGUUCCCCCAUUGGAUAAGCUCAUGGUGAAGAUGGGCUCCGAGGUCGCUGGUAAGCCAGAAGUCAAAGCUCUGAAGCAAUAUCUUGAGGAUCGAGCGAAAGACGGUCCCUCGAGCGCGGUGAUUCCUGAUAUGGGCCAUUUGGCAAGUCUGGUAAAGGAAUCGGUCAUAUCAUUGCCUAUCGAUAUGCUCUUUACUAUUGUGGACUUGUUCAGAUGUGCACUCUCAGAUCCCAGAAUCAGCGGCUUCUUUGCAGAGGAGAAGGGUCACGAAACCGUUCUUGCGGUACUAGAGUUUGUCGCUCAGAAAACGGAGUGUCCCUACGCUUUGCGUCUCGUCACACUUCAGAUGGCCUGCAACUUCUUCUCAACACCUCUAUUCCCUGAUGAAAUCAUGCGAGACAACUCGUUACGAGCAGCCAUCAUCCUUCUCGUCUCGUCUAGCUUCUUGGAUGAGAGCCACAAUAACGUAAGGGUUGCAGCUUCAUCACUUCUUUUCAAUUUGUCAUUGGCAAACCGAAAAGCCAGAAGUAAUUCAAAGCCGACUUUGUCUGGAGAUGAUGAACUUGAACUCGCUGCGUCCGUAGUAGAGGCCAUAUCCCUGGAAGAGAAGUCUUCGGAGGCAUUACAUGGGAUGUUAUUGGCUCUGGGACACUUGGUUUAUGGUACCAAGCUUGAUGGAGAACUGCCAGACCUUCUUCAGGCAGUUGGCGCGCAGGAUAGCAUUCUGGCUAAGAAGUCGAAGUUUCCUGAUGAGAAGCUCGUUACGGAAGUUGGCACUGAAAUGCUGGGCAAGGGGCUCAGAAAGCCCUAG